AUGCCACGACGAAACAAGACGAAAAGUGAGGUUUCCCAAGAUGAAGAUCCAAGCCGAGAGAUUCGGAGGAACAAGAUGGCUCUGUUCAUCCAGCAGUUUAAGAAAGAGGCACAAGAGAGACUGCGAGAUCUCGAGGCCAAAAUGGAGAACACAGUGGAGACAAUGAACAAACUUUUCCGGGUGCAACUGAUGAAAAUGCCCCCGUCUCUUAAAAACAUGCCCAUUUUAGAUUUGUUGAGUGCAGAAGGAACGGCAGCAAGUGAUGUGUCCAUUGCCAUGAAGAAUAAAGAUCUCGAUGUUCACAAACCACCGACAAGAGGAACCAGGAGCAGAUUAAAGUCCUCUACAGACGAUUCUCCUCAGUCGGGCACGUCGGCUGUAAAAGGCAAAGGGACAAAGGGAGGGAAAAAUACCAGGAACAGGACGCAGACAUUGCCUGCAAGCAUCAGCACCGGAUCCCUGAGAACUACCACAGGAUCACUGAAGAGAGCGGAAAGUAUGAAGAGUGGUCAGAACACAAAAGCAAAGAUCAGGUCAGUGGUGUCGACGGGAGACCUGCACCAGUGCUCUGUGGCUGGGACAGUGCCUCACAUCACAGUCCUGACCAGAGAGGGCCAGUCCGUCUGUUUGUCAGAGGACAUGAAAGAUGACGCCAACUUGGACCUGCUGGAUGAUGUCGCGUGGUGCCAUAUCCAAAGACUCACUACUUUAAUGGAUCGUCUUUCAAAUCGCUGCCAAAGAUGA